AUGAUGACUCUUCUAAUUUCUUCCAAGAUUUAUAAUCUAAAUGUCAUAUUUUUUGUUAUUUUGAACUUCAUUUGUCUUCGCGAACCGGAAAAUCUUCUUGAAAAAUUCGAAAUUUGCUAUGAAUCGAAGGUCCUGCGGUUUUCGAAUCCUCCAGAAAAUAUUUGGAAUAAUUUAGCUUAUAAUGUGAAAUUUUGUGAUUUCGAGAAAAAUUUGAAUUUGGUUCCUUUGGACAAUUGGGAUGAGACAAAAUGGAUUGUUUUUCCGAAAAAUUCGAAUUUCGAAAAUAAUUUUACAUUGGUAACUUUGGGAAUUGCAAAUGAUAUAUCUGCUGAGGAGAAAUUGAGAGAUGUGAGUUUGACUGAAAUUAAUUUCAGGUCUGAAAAUUUCAGAAUUAAAAAUUUGAGUUUCUCUAACUUAAACGUUUUAGCGCUAAAAAUCAGAUUACUGUAAAACAUCAAAAAGGAGCUCGAAAUGUAUCUCAAAAUUUUUCAGAUGCCACGUGGAUUUGUCUGAAGUUCUUCUAACUCUGACCACAUUUUCCAGCUUCUCCCCCAAACUCAAUUUUUCGGAGCCGACCCCACAAAUAUGUCGAAAAUCUACACAAAAAUCGGAGAGCAUUUUCAAUUCGGAGUCUCCGCUGAAACUGGGCUCAAGAGCACCAGAAUAUUCUCGGAAACUCGAAACAAUUCUCGAUUUUCCACAACUUCUUUCGAGACGCCGGAGAGAAAUGUGAAUUUUGUGGAGUUUAUUGACGAUUAUGUGCAACGGAAAUUGGUGCAUUUUUUGUGGAUUGAUAUUGAAGGAGGGGAAUUUGAGCUGUUUGAAAUGUUGUAUAGAAAUGGAGACAUCGAUACAAAUCACAUUGAUAUUUGUCAAAUUAAUCUUGAGGUCAAAUCCCUUAAAAUCUCUGUUCCUGAAUUUAAUUUUUUUUCAAAAAUUUCAGAUCCAUCAAAAACUUCUAGCCAACAUCACAAACGAGGCUGAAAAAUUCGCGAAUUUUCUUCGAAAAAUCGUUGAAGAUGGGAAAUAUAUCAUUGCCAAGCCUUUUAAUUUCAGUGUUUUGAACUUCAUAAGACUUUUUCUGGUGAAUGUGGAAGAUCCGGAGUGUCGUAGGCUUUUUAUUGAUUGA